CUUUUCUUUUCGCUCGCGCUCCCGACUGGGCUGAAUGGCCAGCGAAGUCUCCAGACCAUAGCCGGCCCCAUCGCUGCAUUCAAGGAUUAAGCAUCGCAACGCACAGUAGAGCUUCUAUACCGUUUUGCGCAAACGAUUAUGGCGAUAUGUACUGAGUGCGGUGGUACAACCAUCGACAGCGACGCUGCUGCUGGGAAUAGCUUCUGCACGCAGUGCGGGACGGUCGUGGAGGAGAGUCAGAUUGUGAACGAGGUCGUGUUUGGCGAGACGUCGACGGGGGCGGCCAUGGUUCAGGGCUCCUUUGUUGCUCAGGGUGCCACUCGAGCCCGCUUAGGAGGACCCUAUGGGAACCGGGGGAACGUCGAGUCGCGAGAGCAGACACUUGCCAAUGCGGAGCGUAAUAUCGCCCAAAUAGCAAUCGCACUCCAUCUAUCCGAAGUCGUCCGCUUCGCUGCCUUGCGUCUCUACACUCUCGCCGUCGAGCACAAGUUCACGAAAGGCCGCAAGAGCAUGAACGUCGCCGCUGUAUGUCUUUAUGUCGCAUGCCGGCAGAAGGAAACACGACAAUACAUGCUCAUUGACUUCUCUGACAUCCUUGAGGUCAAUGUCUUCGAGCUCGGCCACAUCUACCUUCAACUCGUACAGACCCUCUGUCUCCGCUUACCCCUCGUCGACCCAUCGCACUACAUCUCCCGCUUCGCUGCCCUUCUCGAGUUCGGCGACGAGACCCAGCGUGUCGCCAACGACGCUGUUCGACUGGUCCAGCGCUUCGACCGCGACUGGAUGACUCGCGGACGCCGGCCCGCUGGCAUUUGCGGCGCCGCCCUCCUUCUCGCUGCCCGCAUGAACAACUUUCGCCGCUCCGUUGAGGAGAUCGUCCAGGUCGUCAAGAUCGCAGACGUCACGCUCAAGAAACGCCUUGAGGAGUUCAAGAACACGCCCAGCGGCGCGCUUACACUCGCCGACUUCCGCAAUGUCUGGCUCGAUGAGGAGGUCGACCCUCCAGCUUACACCAAGGGCCGUCAAAAGGAGGAAGCAGCUCGUCUCGCUGCGCAGAUGGCGGAGGAAGAUGCGGAGGGCGAGGUUGAUGCGGAAGCGCAGGGUAAGGACAAGGAAAAGGAGGAGCAGGCGAAAGAGAAGGGGAAGCGUAAAGGGAAACGCAAACGAGAGGCGGACGAUGUGGAUGGCGAGGGUGAACAGGCUGAACAGUCUGCCUUUGACCCCAAUCUCCUUCACGAGGGCAUCUUUGCGAUUAGUCCUGCCGACGAGCCUGCGUCAGAUCCAAUCGAUCCUCUGCUCGCCGCCAAGGACGUGCCCGUCACUGCGUCAACGUCAACAAAUCCUGUUGAAGAGGCUGCUACCACCGCAAUAGCGGAGGAAGUAUCGAGCUUUCUGCACAGCGACAAGGGCGAGAGACUGAACGAAGCCCUCGAGGCCAAUGAGGAGGAGCGGCGUGCCAACAUGACCGUCUGCGACGAGCUCCUCGACCUUGAUGAGGAGGAGCUCGACCGGUUCAUCCUCGGCGAGGAAGAGGUGAAAAUCAAAGAACGAGUUUGGGUGGAGCUCAAUCGCGAUUACUUGGAGGCUCUCGCAGCCAAAGCCAACGAGACCGAGAAGCCGACCAAAACUCGCAAGAAACGCAAGGGCAACAAGCCGCGCGACGCGUCCAACGCGACCGGGGCCACCGCCGCGGAGGCGGCGCGCCACCUCGUCAAGAAGACGGCGAAGUUCAGCAAGCGCAUUAACUAUGAGGCGUUCGACAGUCUCUUCUUGCCGUACGAGGAGAGCAAGCCGCUGGACGAGAAGGACGAUGGGGAGCUGUACCAGUUUGACGACAAGAUCGACGAUCAGGCCCAGGUGGUCGUCAUUCCCGACGAGCCCGGUGGGAAGCUGCCGGCACCUCCACGGCCACAGGAAGAGGUAGGGGAAGCUGACGCGGAUGGCGAGUUUGAAGAUCUCAGUGACAAGGAGGACGCGCAGGACGCUGGCUGGGAGGAGGGGUACCAGCAGGAAGUGUAAUUGUGCAUUCUCCGCUUCGUUCAAUGCGUGUACUAGCGCCUGUAUAGUUUGUAUGUUUGUACGUAGUCUCUUAUCGUUAUGCCUACUAUGUUGUACUGUUCUGUCGGAUGUAGAGAGCAUAUAGUUUCCAAAGCUUACCCACUGACCGUCGCUCUAUAAAUAUGGCCUCUCAUGACGGUGU